AUGCCUCCAAUUCCCAUCUACACCGCGAGCCCCAUCACGGCGGCCAAGCCAUCAGGAAUCACGCCGCAGACAGCGCACUCAGAAGACCCCGAAGCAUCAGCGGGAGCACCGAAUACCACCGACUCGCCUACUAGCACGUACCCAGCAGCCCAGCCCGGAGCUCGUCCGUCAAUGCCAGCACCGACUGGGGUACCUCACCACUCGGCAGAUGUCCAGCCAACUCCGACCCAGGCGGCCGUCGACGCGAGCCCUCCGGCCCCGCAGCCGGGAGCCGUACCGACACCUCCAAGUUACCUGCCGCCGCCGCCCAAGGCCGGCGAGACGAUGCACGGCGCCCAAGCGCAAGCUACAGAAGUGCCCAUGCCUCCCCAGAUGUCUUAUGCGCCUGUCGGUGGAUCGGAGUUCGCCGCGCAACGUUCUUCGACGACGACAGCGCCAGGUCCAUCCCCGAUGGUAGGUCUGGGAUCGACGUCCGGGCUGGGCGGACCUUCCGGGAGCGACUUCUCGCACCCACCAGGAUACCACCAGGAUGUGCACGCAUCCGAGUUCUCCAGUUCUCAGAGGGCAGCGCAUGAAGCCGCCGUGGCACAGGAUAACCGAAGGCCGUCACUGUCACUGAUGGGAGAUGAGGAUGGAGACGGGGUGUGGCAGGCGGCUAAGAAGUGGGCUUCAGCCGCUGGUGACAGUCUCGCGGCCGCCGAGCACGAAGUCUGGAAGAGGAUCAACAAGGAAUAG